AUACAAUCUAACUAGGUUGAUUCUUCCUCCUUUUACGUAGAUAUUACUUUCAAACAUAGAUAGGUUCGUGAGCUGUAAAUAUAUUUUUAAAUAAACAAAGAAUGCGAAGAGUAAACUUUUUGUCAACGGAACCUCCAAAAAUGGCAAGGUUGUAGCUGUUUAUGGGACUCUGGCAGAUCUUUUGACAGUCGCCAGCAAUAAAUUGGGAAUCAGGGCUAGUAACCUAUAUAAUGAGAAAGGUGGUAUUAUAGAUUAAAUUGUCCUCAUAUGGUGAGAUUAAUACUUCUAUUUUCUAUUAUUCUGCCAUUAUAGCUCAGUAUAAAUAUAUGAGAGCUUGUUAAGAUUAUGGUGAGCUAGUUUGUACAUGAUGAGUGGGACGGAGAAAUUAGUGUCAUAUAGGUCAUGUGACUGGAAAUAUUGUCUGCUAAUUGUGUAUGUAUUCCCCAGAGAUAAUGAUGUGCUAUAUUUGUCGGAAGGAGAUGCCUUCAUUGAUCUUCAAAAUGAUAGGAAUAUGUCUGAUGAUAACUCAGGAUCGCACACUGAUUGGCUGACGCUGAAUAUUGGUGUUCUCUUGUGAGUAAGGAGCCUGACAGUAUGCUUGCACAUAUGUUUAGAGAGAAGGUUCAUGAAAUAUUACUUUUAGGAGUACUGGAGGAAGCUCGAUUCUUUGGAAUAGAGCAGUUGGCUGAACAGCUAGAGGUCACCAUAGAGGUAUUUGGUAAGCUGCUAUUGAUGGAGAUCUGGAGAGAGUUAGAUCAUUUCUCAAAAAAGGGAUUGAUCCAAAUAUGCGAGACCAGGCAAACUACACUACUUUGGUUUGCCACCUGUCAGUGUGCGAGUUACUCUUGGAUUGUGGAGCUUCGUCCAGCUAACUUCCAGACCCGCGGUGGUGCAUCCCCCCAUCAUAGGGCGGCUUACUGCAGCCAUCACAGUGUGGUCAAGCUACUGUUACACCACAGUGCCGAUCCCUGCCUGACUGAUGAUGAUGGAGCUACACCCCUACAUAAGGUUGCUGAGCAGGGCCAUCUGGAGGUGUGUGAGCUACUGGUGAACCGUUGUCCAGCCUUGCAAGCUGUGAAAGAUAAACGAUCAAAUAUACCUUUGGAUCUUUGUCCAGAGAAGAACACACUUUGGGAGAUUCUGAGGCCACCACAAUGACCUGAAGGAAUAUAAAGAAUCAAGGGGUGUUAACCACCAUAGACAUUGUGGUGCAUAUGCCCCCCAGCCAAUAAUGAGAUUAGUGGUUUCAUUUAUGGCAGUGUGUCUUUAUUGACACACAAGAUGGUCCUCAUAUUGUGUAAGAGAAUGAGAAUUGAUCCUGUUUUAAUGGAUGACUUGUCACCAAAAGGUCUUAAAGCAGUGGUGCAUUUAGCCAAGACACAAAUCCUUAGAAAUGUCUUCUACAUGAGGUGACAAAGUCAGCGUGUACUUUAUGAAAUCUCCAGUAGAGGGUGCUAAUAUCUUAUUAAUAAUGCAUUAUUAAUAUUAUUCACCCACAGAGCUGCCACAGUGGAGCCUGAAUGACUUACUACAUUGUAAACAAUUAGGAUGAAUUAUAAAUUGGUGACUAUACUGUUAUUGGCCAAUAUUUAGCAUGUUUAUUACUGGUCUGAACUGAAUGAUACUGAUAUAUCAUUGAUAAAAUUACAGCUUAUUUUAUUAUUUACAUGUAUUUAUUAUUAUUAUUAUUUUUUUCAAUUCAAUGCUAUACUCUUUGUAUGCAAUGUUACAGAAGUACAAAACAAUUAUCCAUCUUUUCUGUCAUAUGUUUAAAUAUUUUGAUAUCUUGCUGCAUUAAAUAUUCUAGAUUGGAACUUCAUUGCAAACACUGCUUUUUAUAACAAUCAAACGAGUAUAGAUUUGUAAUAUUGGCCCUAAUGAAUUAUAAUAAAUCAGCUAUCAGUGUCAUCCAAAAUGUUUUAUAUCAUCGCAUCAUCACAAACAUUUAUGAAGAUUUAAAAUGUUAUUUUUGGAUACGCUAGUUACAAAACAGAUCAUCUCUGAGUUAUGAAAAUGCGUACACAGUGUAAGGGCAAUCCAAUGCACAGUAGACUUCAUGGGACUGUGGCUCUGUGGCAACACAGAUCUAAAAAGACGUUAAACAACCGUCUUGUUUGCCAGUGAAUGUACAUUUAAAGUACUUUUGUUUCGGUCAGUACAAGGCUCUGGUUGUUAUUUGGGCUGCUGAGGUUUGUGCUUGUGGCUUGUAGUGCCACCAGCAGAUUUUGCACUGCUGUAUUCAGGAUGUACUCUUGUGAUACACAGUGGCCAACACAUCUGGAAAAUAACAGUGCUGAGGUUUUCUGAAACCAAAUCAAACAACUGUUUGGACCUCAUCUAAUCUGUUCGGAUGUUACUUUGUUUCAGGGACAAGUAAAACUAUGCCUUGAGUUACAAUGUUUGCUGUUUCUUUUAAAACAGGGAAAAUAAUGUACAUUACAUGCUUUUUGUGGAUGGUUGAAAGAAAUAAGAAAGCCAACAGGAUUUAAUGUAGAAGCUAAAGUAGUCUUCAACCAAAUCAAAUAAUGUAUUGAAUCCAUCCAGACAUCCUUCAAAUGAAUUCAGUCCUCUGUUGUCUUUUAUCAACAUCAAUAUUUAAGGAUUUAGAGGAAUGCAUAAGGGAAAGUGUAUACUUUACUAUAGUAUAUGUCCCAGCAUUGUCUUGUGUCUUAAUUAGAGUAAAAAGCUAAUGUUUUAAGAAGAGGAUCUACUGAGAAGACUUUAAAUGCCAACAAAGUUAAAACAGAAUGAUUCUUGGCUCAGUUAUGGUGCAGCUGAUAAGCCUGUUGACAUUAAAUCGGUUAGCCAAUCAACUUGCAUACUCUCUCUUUGUCUUACAUUUAAAUUGCCUCAGUUGUUUGAAAGCUGGUUUCACUGCAGCUCGCUAUGAGAGUUUUCUCUCUGAAACCCUCCUGUCUAGAUAUGCUUCAAGGGAUUGUAUGUAUGUCUAAUUGUGCAGCAGCAGCAUGUCCUGCUCAACACAACAUGUGUGUAAACACUAGUAGUAAUCCUCUUACUUGCUCUGCAAUAGCAGCGUAAGCAGAUCUUGCCCACCAAGACC